CUUUCAUCCCUCCAUCCUUACCAGCAUCACCCUUUCCCCCUCGGUCGGAUACUGUUGCGGCUUCCCCUCCCAGUUCGUUACUGCUCAGUGGUGACGGCUUUACUCUCCUUAUGCCUUUUUAGCCACUGAUGCCGGCCGCCGAAGCAUCCCCCGUCGCAUCCUCCGAGUCCGGUUUUGUCAAGAUGGAAGACCGGAAGAGAGCUGCCACGUCUGACCACAAUGAUUCGGCACCACCAUUGAAGAAGCAAGCAACUUCUGUCAAUGGGGGUAGUAAGCCCCACCCAGAUGCUGAUAUGCCAUGGAAAGAUGACUUGGAGCGAUUCCAGAAGGAUGCGAUAUGGCGCCAAAUGCAGGAAUAUAAACGUGAGAAGGUCUCUCUGGAGGCCAAAGUGAAGGACAUGUUAAAAGCCACCGCUCGCCAUAAUGAGCACCUGCGUGUCAUUGACACUUGGUAUAACCAGUUGAUCGACGAGGUCAAACUACUACUGGGCGCUGCGGAGGAUAUGAAGGGCGAUCGGCCCUCAUUUCAAAGUUCUUUAUUAUUCGAUGACGUUGCCAAUUUUGAGGAACAUCUCAAAUCACGGUCAAAUGAUAUACGUGACAUUAUCUCUCGCCUUAUUACCAAUACGCCAAAAGCUACGCUUGAAGUAUCAGAGUUACAGAGUCAACUCGCUAAGAAACUGGCGGAAGAAAAGGCCACUAUCGCUGAACUUGAGAAGGCUUUAUCCGAAAAGCAGCAAUUAGAAGAGAGUUUAGAAGAAGCCUCACUACGGUACAUGGUAGCCGAGAAGAAACUGGAUCGUGCACGGAGCUUAACGGUCGCCAAACUUGAGAAACAAUAUAUCUUAGGCCCCCAACGGCCUGGAGGUGACGGUGCAUCUGGACAACGAGAGGAGCAAUCGGCUUCAAACGGUGUGACACCUAGUGCCGAACGUGGCCCUGAAUCUGACGAAGCACACAAUAAGCUAGUGGCCAUAUCAGAAAAGCAAAAAGAGCAGUUACAGAAGUUGGAGGCCGAAAAUGCCAAUCUACUAAGUCAGAUCACUGAUCUAAAUAUAAAGCGUUCGAAACUUACCGACGAUGAUUAUGCGCAUACGGACUUGUUCAAACAAAUGCGAUCACAGUAUGACGACGUGGUGAAAAGGAUCAAUCACUUGGAGGCAACUAAUGUCCAACUACGCGAGGAAGCCGUGAAGCUACGAUCGGAACGGACAGCAUAUCGCAACCAGGUUGACGAAGAGACGCAAAAUGUUCUUGCUGAGAAGGAAGCGCAGUUGAUGCGGGCCGAAACGGAUCUGGCGCGGAUACGGAACGCACGUGACGAGCUGUUGGCCGACCAGCAGAUGCGCAAGGCCGCGCAAGAACAGGAGAAGAUCGCUACUCUCAAGGUUCAGGAGCUCACAAGUGCUGGCGAUGCUCGAAUUGCUUCCUUAGAGUCGGAGGUGGAACGUCUACGUCUACAAGUGGAAAAUGCGAAAGCCACACAACCAGGCUCCGGCGACCUUCCAGUCGAGGAGUUGCGUGCCAAGUAUCAGGUACUUGAACGUCAAUAUGCAAUGCUAAACACUGAAUUAUCCUCUAUGCAAACAGCCUGCAAGAAAUACUCUGCGCUGGCUUCGCAAAAAGUGACAGACUUUAGUGUCUUAGAAGAAAAGGUGGCACGUUUGACUGCCGAGAAGUCGAAAGCCGACCAGAAAUACUUCGCCGCAAUGAAGAGCAAGGAGGCGCGUGAUCUGGAAGUGCGAACACUGAGGGUGCAGAACUCAAAGAGCUCAGAUAUCGUUUCGCAGUUGAAGGAAUCCGAAGCUGCUACGCGUUCGUUGUUGGCGAACAUGGAGAAACAAGUCAGCGAGACCAAGGAAGCCUUGAACUCUAUGAUGAGUAAGCACCAUGCUGCACAACAACAAUUGACAGAGAAUGGUAUUGUCAUAGAAGGUUUAAAGGGACAGAUCAAUGAGCUGAAGACAUUAUCAACGUCCAAGGAUGCAACGCUGGCAAGCACCUCCAGUGCUUGUCGGCAAGCAGAGACCGAGAUCGAAGGGCUAAAGGCAACACUUGCGGAUACUAAGAAGAGCCUGGAUAAUUGGAAGAACAAGAGCCUAGGAAGUUCUUCAUCCGAAUACGAGAUGUUGAGGACACUGGCACUCUGUACCGUUUGUCGCAGGAACUUCAAGAAUACCGCAAUCAAAACCUGCGGCCAUGUUUUUUGCAAGGACUGCGUCGAGGAACGUCUCACUUCUCGUUCUCGAAAAUGCCCGAAUUGCAACCGAUCGUUCGGAAAUAAUGAUUAUAUGCACAUUACCCUUUAGGAUCUUUAUUCUUGGCCUAAUCUCGCAAAUUCUCCUGUACCAUAGUUUCUUUCGCCCUUUCUAU